CAUCAACCAUCGCUUUUCUAGGGUUUCUGGGUUUCGGAAAUUCAUGCGAUUCUCCUUUUCGAAUCUGUUGAAAUUCCAAAGGGGUUAGGGCAUUGUGGGUUUUGUAUCUUUUUCUUCUCUAUUAUUUGCUUGAUUUUUGGUUCGGUGUGUGAAAUUAGGGUUUGAUUCUGGAGACGAAUUGAGAGCUGAAGAUGAGGCCGAUUUUCGCUGGGAACUUGGAGUAUGAUACCCGUCAGUCUGAGCUUGAACGCUUGUUCUCCAAGUAUGGCAGGAUUGAACGCUUGGACAUGAAAUCUGGAACUUCUACCAUGGGAAAGUGUUCUGAGCUUCACUAUCUUGGCUUGCCAACCUCUCUGAAAAAUAUUUUUUUGGAAGGAAACCUUCCUGCUUGUCAUCUGCAUUUACUCAUCUGAUCAUUCGUCACACUCACUCACCUUCUGACCCAACAUUGACAUUUCCACCAGAAUGUUCUUAGGGGAUCAUCAAUCAAUUUAUUAAGCCAUGCCUAGCUUCACUUAAAAUAGGGGAUCAAUGAAAUUCUAUCAAGUCUCAUGCCAUUCUAUUUCUGAAUUCACUUGUGCUGUCUGAAUGGAGAAGCAUGCUUGGCAAUGACAAUCUCAGAUCUGAAUUUUGGAUUUAAACCUUUAAAUGCAAUCAUGAUUUUUGUUCAUCAUUCAACGCCCCUACAGCUUCAUGUGUAUCAGCCCUCACUUAUAUUCAGGUUUUGCUUUUGUCUAUUUUGAGGAUGAGCGUGAUGGUGAAGAAGCAAUUCGCGCACUUGACAAUAUUCCAUUUGGUUAUGACAAGCGACGUCUGUCUGUGGAGUGGGCUAGGGGUGAACGUGGGCGUAAUCGUGAUCCCCCAAAGGCAAACCAGAGGCCCACAAAAACCCUAUUUGUGAUUAACUUUGACCCAAUUCGUACUAGAGUUCGUGAUAUAGAAAAGCACUUUGAACCUUAUGGCAAGCUUCAUCAUGUUCGAAUUCGUAGGAACUUCGCAUUUGUGCAGUUUGAAACACAAGAAGAUGCUACCAAAGCUCUAGAGUGUACAAAUAUGAGUAAGAUACUGGACAGGGUGGUGACUGUAGAGUAUGCUCUGAGGGAUGAUAGUGAGAGGGGUGACCAUUAUGACAGCCCUAGAAGAGGAGGGGGUUAUGCAAGGUCGCCUAGUCCAGCUUAUCGAAGGCGACCAAGUCCUGAUUAUGGUCGUCCUCGCAGUCCUGUAUAUGAUAGGUAUAAUGGACCAGACAGGCGGAGGAGUCCUGAUUAUGGCAGGCCUAGGAGUCCUGAUUAUGGCAGGACCAGGAGUCCUGAUUAUGGCAGGCCCAGGAGCCCUGUAAAUGCUAGAUUUCGCAGCCGUUCACCUGUAAGGAGGUCAAGAACUUAGGUGAUAUCUGAUUCCAGUGGCACUGUCGCUUUCUGGAUAUUGAAAUUGUGAAUGGGACAUUAUGUAGGAAAUGUACUUCUCACAACUUUUAUGCAUUUUAUUUGGUUUGGGUCUUUAGUGUUUAGAAGUAUGACCUGAAUAUCAAUGUUUGGAGGCGGAAUUAUUGAUGCAUGUUUUUGCAGGGAUAUGUUGUGUUUAAAGUUGAUGUUUUUGGACCCUAGUUCUGUAACUACUGUGAUUGAAUGUCCUUUUACUAGUGUUGAUUGAAACACCUUAAUAUCAGAAAUGGUUACAUGACAA